CCGGGGAUAGCCCAGGUCGGUAGAGCAGCGGAGAUCUGAGCCUAGGCGAUCAGGAGCAGGUGCGGGCUUUCGACUAGGCCAGCUGCGAAGCUGUCUGCCUCCUACACUUUGUCCUGGCCCUCACCCUGUGACAGGCGCUUUACAAGAUGAAUCUCAACUUCACCUCUCCUCUCCAUCCGGCAUCUUCUCAGAGGCCCACGUCGUUUUUCAUAGAGGACAUUCUGCUACACAAGCCUAAGCCGCUGAGAGAGGUGGCCCCUGACCACUUUGCCAGCUCUCUGGCCUCUAGGGUGCCUUUGCUAGACUAUGGCUACCCCCUUAUGCCCACGCCCACCCUCCUCACCCCUCAUGCCCAUCACCCUCUGCAUAAGGGAGACCAUCAUCAUCCUUAUUUCCUGACCACCUCUGGGGUGCCGGUCCCGGCUCUGUUCCCGCACCCGCAGCACGCAGAGCUGCCGGGGAAGCACUGCCGCCGCCGCAAAGCUCGCACCGUGUUUUCUGACUCGCAGCUCUCCGGCCUGGAGAAAAGGUUCGAAAUCCAGCGCUACCUGUCGACUCCAGAGCGCGUGGAACUGGCCACAGCCCUCAGCCUCUCCGAGACUCAGGUGAAAACGUGGUUCCAGAACCGGCGGAUGAAGCAUAAAAAGCAGCUGAGGAAAACUCAAGAUGAACCCAAAGCCGCAGACGGGCCUGAGAGCCCUGAGGGCAGCCCCCGUGCCCCGGAGGCCGCGGUGGCCGAGGCUCGGCUGAGUCUGCCCUCCGGCGCCUUCGUGCUUACCGAGCCGGAGGAUGAGGUGGACAUUGGGGACGAAGGCGAGCUCAGCUCAGGGCCGCACGUGCUCUGAGUGACCGGGCUGGGGAGGGAGACCAGGGCGAGGAGGUUGCGGAAGGCCAGACGUGGUCCUUCCCUGGCGGAAAGACUCGCCGAGACGCUAGACUCUGUGCCAGCCGCCUGGGCUGUAAGAAAGACAGACUGCAGCCCAUUGGUCAACCUGCAGCCGCCCGCGACUCGCCCCCAAGCCUCCUCCGGGUCCCUAUCCUGUCCCCUCCGGGAUCACAAGGUGUGAUCGUUGGUUCCUGUGCCCGGCGUCUUCAGUGCCCGGGACCUGUCCAGUGUUGCUGCCCAAACUGGCACCUAGACUCGCGGUUCUACAAUUCGACGGAGCUUUCCUCCCCGCUGCCAAUGCAGUAUCCCUCCAUUCUCAUUUCCCAGCCAGUAGUCCCCUAGUUCUGUCACCCUGUGCCUGCGGCCUCUCUACCGGGACGGUAACUCUCCCUCAAGCAGUACAGCUGACUGCAGAGGAAGGGACCAGGUGGCUGCGGCCAGGAAGGGAUCCAGGCAGAGACGCCCGGACCCUUUAAACCCUCAGUGUCCUGACGGAGUUGUCGGCGGCUUUUCACUACUUCUGCUCACACCCCUACCGGAGCCCCACAUCUCUAACUCAAGUCCUUAGGCGACCCCCUCCUACGGACUGCGCUUACUGCCAUCCUCUGGGGUCAUCAGUACGUUCGGUGUUCCGGGCGCUUGCGGCGCUGGUGGCCCCCACAACCUCCCUCCCCACAGAAUCGUGGACAGAGAACACCCACAGCGCAAUUUCUGCUUCCUGAACUUGUUGCACUCGUGUCCCGCAACCCUUCCAAGUCCCAAAGGCUACUGAGACUUUAAAAGUGUUGUCUUCGGGAUGCUUGUGGACAACUUCUUACUUCGCGCGGUGUUUUAGCAAGUCUGGCGACGAACACACUCUACAGCCUUCCGAAUUAAAGCAAAAGGCGUUGUGGGCGCGCACCUGUUUGGGGAGGGGGCGGCAUUGAAACUGUCACUCGCUGCGCCACUCUUCUCCUUUGUCCCUGGAAGGUCUUCUA